AUGAACUUUUCAUUUACUGAUCGUUUGACGGAGUUAAACAAUGCUCGCGACAGAUCAUUGAUCACGGAUGAGGAGUAUUCAAUGUUAAGAGGGAGACUGUUUGAAUCUUUCGUUGCGGGCCCACCCACAUCUUCGAAUCCAGCACCACCACCUUCCCAACAACAAUACCUUUCACCGCCCCUAUCACCCCAACAAUUAAGUUCCUCUCCACCAAGUUCUUCUCCACAGCAACUUUCUUUACCACCACCUCGGCAUUUCUCUUUACCCCCGCAUCAAAAUUCAACAACAUCGCCACCGUCAUCUAUGUCAAUCACUCACUCGAACGAGACAAUAUCGUCGUCGUCACCUGCACCAAUCAUCCGCUCGAAUAAGUCAUCAUCGUCCCUACCACGCCGAAUCAGGAGCAGCAAUAAUAAUACAAAUGAUCCUUCAUCGGGAUCCAAUAUUAUCUCCACUUUGUUCAACGUUGUUUCUCCACGGAAAUCACGUUCAAAUAACGUGCUUUCCCUCUUUCCGACAUCAACGAACAACAUAAGUCACGGAAAUGAGAUCACCCAUCCUUCCAAUAAUAGGUUUGCCACUGCGAGCGAUAAUGUUGAAGUCAGCACAAUCAGCAAUGACAUCCGUAGCAUUAGCGAGGAGUUACAACCUUUGUCAAUAUCUGAAACAAUACCUGAAACAAGAAGGCUACCCGAAAUCGCGGAAACGGAAAAUCAACAUCCAUCAGCGUCAGUUCAAAUAGCGAUCACCAAUUCGCCGAACGUAACACCCAUUGAUUCAUCCGACGUCGCACAGUCACCACCACCCAGGAGAUCUCUUGCCACAACCAGGCCUUCUUCAAUGAUAUGCACCAAUUCAGAGCAUGUCUCUUUUGAAAUUAAUAGAAAUGAUAGUGUUGGUGAGAAUGAUGUCAAUGAAGGUCAACAAUCUCCCUCAUCACCACGACAACCUCACGUGAAUGCUGCGACCUUAGCCCGAAGGCACAGGAGAGCUUUAAGUUGGGGGUUUAACUCUUCAGUUUUUGGCAAUAAUUCAUCUGAUCGCAACAACAGAAGUCAUGGUGACAAUAGGAAUGGCGAGGGUGCCGCUAAUGAAAGAAACGAGAAUAAUAAUGGUAAUAAUGUUAACAAUGAAUCUGCAAGUACAAACCCUACAACAAUAGCGGGAAAUCCCGAAAGCAAUUACAUAUUUAAUGAGACAGAUCAAUUCGAACAAUUGGUGCCCGAAUUGCCACCGCCUCCGUACACACCACCAGAGUCAUCUCAAACUCGUGGUCGACGUCGCCCAUCCGCUUUUUUCAUAAAACCAAAGACCAGCGCCGAAUUGCGCAAGGAACUACAGAAGCUCAUUGAACAAUCCAAAAAAGAAGCAAACAGUCUGAAGAUAGAGGAGGCACGAUUGAGAAUGCGAUUGAACUCUAAGCCCGAAGAAUUGGACCGAGUGAAAAGAAAAAUACGAGAGUCAAAUGAAAAAUACCAAAGGAAGAUUGAAACGGUGAAUAAUAAACUAAGACAGAUUAGUGCGAGGGAGAACAACGUUGAUGGAGGUGGUGGUAGAAAUUGA